CUGAUGUCCUCGGUUGUAGCCCCGCAAAAACCCACCUCCAACACCAUGGGCCCCAAAGAGGUGGAGCUGAUCCUUGUAAAGGAGCAGAACGGGGUCCAGUUCACCUCCACCACCUUAGUGGCUCCAACCCCGACUCAGACCAACCCCAGUGGGGAGGAGGAGAGAGAGACCUGGGGGAAGAAAAUUGACUUCCUCCUGUCGGUCAUUGGGUUCGCCGUGGACCUUGCCAAUGUCUGGAGAUUCCCCUACCUCUGCUACAAGAACGGAGGCGGUGCUUUCUUGGUGCCAUACCUGUUCUUCAUGGUGAUAGCAGGCAUGCCUCUCUUCUACAUGGAGCUGGCUCUGGGACAGUAUAACAGAGAGGGUGCAGCAGGCGUCUGGAAGAUCUGUCCCAUAUUUAAAGGCGUGGGCUUUACAGUGAUCCUCAUUUCACUCUACGUUGGUUUCUACUAUAACGUCAUCAUCUCCUGGGCGCUGUUCUACCUCUUCUCCUCAUUCACCGGCGAGCUGCCCUGGGUCCACUGCAACAACACCUGGAACAGUCCUAACUGCUCCGACUGGGCUGACAACAGCUCAGUCAGUGACCUUGACAAGGUUACCCCUGCCCAGGAGUACUUUGAACGAGGGGUGCUCCACAUCCAGGACAGUAAUGGCAUUGAUGACCUGGGUCGUCCGCGCUGGCAGUUGACUUCCUGUCUGGCUGUGGUGAUUGUUCUGCUCUACUUCAGUCUCUGGAAGGGAGUCAAGACCUCUGGCAAGGUUGUGUGGAUCACAGCCACCAUGCCCUAUGUGGUCUUGACUGUGCUGCUGCUCCGCGGAGUCACUCUGCCCGGAGCCAUCGAUGGCAUUAAGGCCUACCUCUCUGUGGACUUCCUGAGACUCUGUGACGCCAAGGUCUGGAUUGAGGCAGCGACACAGAUCUGUUUCUCGCUGGGAGUGGGGUUUGGUGUGCUAAUUGCCUUUUCCAGCUACAACAAAUUCAGCAACAACUGUUACAGAGACGCCAUCAUCACCAGCUCCAUCAACUCUUUAACCAGCUUCUUCUCCGGCUUCGUGGUCUUCUCCUUCCUUGGUUACAUGUCCCAUAAACACAACGUGGCCCUGGACAAAGUUGCCAGAGAUGGUGCUGGGUUGGUGUUUGUCAUUUACCCAGAAGCCAUUGCAACAUUACCUGGGUCAUCAGUGUGGGCAGUUAUCUUCUUCAUCAUGUUGUUGACACUGGGCAUUGACAGUGCUAUGGGCGGGAUGGAGUCGGUGAUCACAGGGCUGAUCGAUGAAUUCAAAUUCCUCCACAAGCACAGGGAGCUGUUCACCCUCUUCAUUGUUGUUGCCACUUUUCUCAUCUCCCUCUUCUGUGUGACAAAUGGUGGGAUGUAUGUGUUCACUCUGCUGGACCACUUUGCAGCAGGAACAUCGAUUCUCUUUGGAGUGCUCAUUGAAGCCAUCGGCAUCGCGUGGUUCUAUGGAGUGGAUCGUUUCAGUGAUGACAUUGAGGAGAUGAUUGGCCAGCGACCAGGCAGGUACUGGAGGCUGUGCUGGAAGUUUGUCAGCCCCUGCUUCCUCCUGUUUAUGGUGGUGGUGAGUUUUGCCACGUUCAACCCUCCGAACUACGGCUCCUACAUGUUUCCUCCGUGGGCCAACAUGGUGGGGUGGUGUCUGGCCAUCUCCUCAAUGUCCAUGGUGCCUCUCUAUGCCAUCUACAAACUCUGCACUCUGCCUGGAAAGUUUUGCGAUAGGCUGGCUUAUGCCAUCACCCCGGAGACAGAGCAUCAUUUGGUCGACAACGGGGAGGUUCGGCAGUUCACUCUGCAUCACUGGUUGGUGGUCUGA